AUGCAUUCCCACGGCCAAGGGGGCAGAACCCACGAUCAGGGCGGUGGCCGAUGUGCUGGGAAGACCAUCAGGGAAGACCAUGGGCCGAUCUCCAAGGAACAAGAAGAUAAGGUUGAGAGGGUGAGGUCACUGUUGUCAGAGACCGAGCUGACAGGUAUCAUAAAGGGAAGCACAAAGGUGGCUGUGGAUCUGGAUGAUGCCAAGAUGCAGAAACGGCUUAAGGAGUCUCGGGCGCAGAUGGCUGGGAAAGGGGUUGCUAGGCAAGCGGCUGGGAAGCGUCCUAGAGAUGAUGAUGAAGGCCUGGUUGCCGAUGUGCUGGGAAAGAAGAGAGCGUUGGAGGAAGCUCACCGGAGUGUGAUGGGAACAAGGCCGAGGCUUCCUUCCUUUGACCUGUAG